AUGGCGAUCUUUUCAAUAAAAGCGGAGAGUGCUCCGGGGCCGGACGGUAUGACAGGUUUGUUCUUCCAAAAGUUUUGGGAUGUUAUAGGAGAUCAAGUGACUAAAGAGAUACAUGAAGUCUUCAUUUCUGGUGUCUUACCUAGUGAUUGGAACUUCACCCAUAUCUGUCUAUUGCCUAAAGUGCAGAACCCAGAGAAUAUGACGGAUCUCCGACCGAUAAGCCUCUGUUCUGUCCUCUACAAAGCUGUAGCUAAGAUUCUCGUGACUCGUAUGCAGCCGCUACUGGGGUUAGUGGUCUCAAUAAAUCAAUCAGCCUUUGUUAGUGAAAGAUUAAUAUCGGACAACAUCAUCAUAGCUCAUGAGGCGGUCCAUGCUUUGAAGGUCCAACCAGUCGUUGCAAAUGAGUUCAUGGCCGUGAAAACGAACAUGUCGAAAGCCUAUGACAGGGUUGAGUGGAGCUACAUUAGAAGUCUCUUGCUGGCGUUAGGUUUCUGUGACAAAUGGGUGGAGUGGAUAAUGAUGUGUGUUACUUCGGUAACCUUCUCAGUGCUAAUAAACGACCAACCCUUUGGUCUGAUCACUCCCCAAAGAGGGAUCCGCCAGGGGGAUCUUCUCUCGCCCUUCCUGUUUGUCCUUUGCACAGAAGGGGUUAUGGAUGAAGAGAGGCUGAAGAUUCAACAGAUUUUGGGUAUAUGGAAUGAAGGGGGAGCCAGUAAAUACUUAGGAUUGCCGGAGUGUUUUUCGGGCUCCAAAGUAGAAUUGUUUUCCUCUCUAAAGGAAUGUACACAAGGAAGAGUGGAGGGAUGGUCCAUGAGGAAAUUAUCUCAGUCAGGAAAAGAAGUUCUGCUCAAAUCUGUGAUCACUUUUCUACCGAGCUCAGACGUUCAUAUUCGGAAAAUCCACUGGGUAGCGUGGGAUAAAUUGUGUCUCCCUAAGUAUCUUGGUGGGAUUGGAUUUACAGACCUAGAAUGCUUUAAUCAAGCAUUGCUACCGAAACAGGCGUGGAAGCUCCUUACAUCUCCUCUCAGUUUGUUAUCUCUCUUCCUCAAAUCAAGAUACUUCCCGCUAGUAGAUUUCUUCUCUGCCUCUUUAGGAGAGAGACCAUCGUAUGUGUGGAAAAGCUUAUUGUUUGGCAGGGAAUUGUUACUAAAAGGUCUAAUGUAUCGGGUGGGGAUUGGACGCAAGACGAGAGUGUGGGCUAAUAGAUGGUUAGAUGAUCCAGUUGAAGGGUUGAGGGCUCCUUGGGUGAAGAACAUCACAUUUGAUGUGAAUCUCAUGGUUUCUGAUCUUAUUGACUCAUCAUCACGGAAUUGGAACCUUGCAGUCCUAAAUGAUCUCUUUGUCCCUGGUGAUGUGAGUAUCAUAACUGCCAAGCUACCUGCGGUUGAUCGUGAGGAUUUUUGGGUGUGGAGAUUCAAUCACAGUGGAAAUUUUACGGUUAAAUCAGCUUAUUGGUUAGCAACCUCAACAAAGGUCUCAGUUGGUAGGAGGGAAGCUGAGUCGUUACCCUUCCUAUGCCCGUUAAAGGAGCAAGUUUGGAAGGUGAUAACAGCUCCAAAGAUCAGAGUGUUUCUCUGGAAAUGUUUGAGUAAUGCUCUUCCAGUAGCGGAGUUGAUAUCGGAGAGGGGUAUGAAAGUGAAUAUGAGAUGUCAGCUUUGCGGUCUUGAAGGAGAAUCAAUCAAUCAUACCCUUUUCGAGUGCUGUGUAGCUAGACAAGUAUGGGCCUUAUCUGGAAUGCCUCACCCGCGUAAUGGUUUCUGUGAUUCCUCCAUCUUUGCAAAUGUUAAUUACCUUCUCAAGAUGUCCAAGAAUCUUGGGAUUCAAGAGAGGGCCAGAAGAUCAUGGCCAUGGCUCCUGUGGAACUUAUGGAAAAAUAGAAAUCAUUUGAUCUUUGAAGGAACCUCCUUUUCGUGUACAGAGAUAGCUAGGAAAGCUGCUGCAGAUGCUGAUGAAUGGUUUAUGGCUCAUAGAAUUGAAGAAGAAUGGUUGCGGUUGGAAGAAACCCCAGCGGUGGUAGCUGUAGAGAAGUGGAGACCGCACCGUCAGAACUGGUUUAUGUGCAACAUAGCAGUGGAUUGGGCGAAGUACUCGUUGCUAACUGGUGGUGCUUGGGUCUUGCGUGAUGAAAAGGGAGUGGUGUUAUGUCACAGUCGUCGUACAUUUGGUCAGUUUCCUUCUAAAGAACAAGCUAAGGAGACCAUAGUGUUAUGGGCGGUUGAGAGUAUGAGAAGUCAGAAGGUGAGCAGGGUGAUCUUCACUGGGGAGUUUAAAGAAAUUUUUGGAGCUGUAAAUAUGCCCUCAGCGUGGCCAUCCUUUUGCCAGCAAGGUGACAAUGUCCGUAGAGCGGUGGUAGGUAUUGCUGAAUGGGAAGCCUUAGUGAUCGACAAGAAUUUUAAUAGAGGUGCUUCAUUCAUUGCUCAAAGUGUCAAGAAUUGUGGCUUCACUCAAUCUUAUGUUUCAUCGGGUCAUCCAAGGUGGUUACAUGAUCUCUUUGUCGAUGAAAGGAGUGCCCUCUAA